CGGUCACUCUUCUCCACCACCCGACCCGAGUCGUCCAUCUUCCAAACCUCACCAAAUGGCGUGAAAAUGAGGAUCGUGAGUUAUGCCAGAACAAGGACAAGUCUUGCAGUCUCGAGUGGUCCGCAGGAGAAAUCCACGCCCCAUCAAUUCGUGUGUCGAGUGCCGCACUCGUAAAUCACGAUGUUCCAAAACACACCCCUGCCAGAAUUGCACAGCCUUCGGACGGGAGUGCAUCUUCAUUACGGUCCCUGAGAGCGCUGCGCGCAAGAAAGAGAGGGAACGCGCUACGAGUAGGAGUGGUACUGGUGUUACGAUUCCAGAUUGGACCAAGGAUCUCCCGGUGCGCACGCAAAGUAGCACAAGCGUGCUUGACAAGUAUGAAAACUCGAGUGCAAUCGACACCACCACUCCUGGGACACCGCCGCGAGACUACGAGUGGGAAGCGUAUCAGCAAGAUGUCGAGGCCGAUGGAGAUGCCUGGGAGAGAUUGCCCGCAGAGCCUGAAGAAACGCAGGACGAUGUGUAUGAGGACGAGAACGAUGACGAAGACAUGAUCGCAACUGAUCUCACCAUUCGGAUCGGGAGGAUGAUCAUCUGCGAAAAUGUAACCGGAUUCUUUCGCCCUCAAUAUGCCGAAGAGCUGGGCAAGCUCUUGGCCGAGAGCUAUACUCCUCCUUCGUCAGUUGCAGGCCAAAGAGCACCGCAAUCUUCAACCCUUCUAUCAGCAGAGCAAAUGCCGUCACUAGCACCAUCGCAGCACCUGCUGCUAGGCGGCACGCUCUCUGUAAACCCGAACCACAAGAUGGACCCGCCACAGCUGCCUACUGAAAAAGAAGCAGAAGCACUGCUUCAGCGAUACAUGGAGGCUGUCAGUCCUCUCGCGCACGUCUUGCAUGUUCCCUCAUUCAAGCGGCUGUACGAUCGCUUUUGGUUAAACGUCGAGAUUGGUAACACCAAUCAAAACUCCUGCACUGCCUUGAUUCUAGCAGUCUGUAUGGCAGCUGCAGCCUCAGUGUCACCCUUGCAGGCAAAGUCGCAAUUCGGCAUUACAAAAGAAGACCUCUUUUUGAGAUUGCAAAAGGCUACUGAGCGCGCCCUACUUCGCGCCAAUUGGGCCAAGACGUCGAACAUUAGGACACUGCAAGCACUAGCCAUAUACCUGAUACCGCUUUGUCGAGCCCAAAUUUCACGAGCAACAUCUGUCGUGGUUGGGGCCCUUGUUCGCCUAGCCCAAUGUAUUGGCAUACAUCGACUUAGCUACAGCUCCGCUAAUAACCUGACACCCCUGCAACGUCACGUUCGAUCCCUUCUAUGGUACCAGAUUUGCUUCUUGGACUUUAAGACGGCUGAAGCUCAGGGACCACACCCCUCUAUCCGCUCAGACGACUUUGACAUUGCACUACCACUGAACGUAGACGACGAUGUCUUCGAAUUCGGCAGCCCGAGUUGGCAACAACAGCCUACAUCAGUAAGUGGUUGGUCUGACGUAACCCUUUCGCUCAUUCGAUAUGAGUGCAACGAAAUCCACCGCCUCAUCUUCCGAGGUCGGAUAGAGAUGGAUCGGAAACACAUUACCCUGCAUGAUCUACGAGCACGAGUAGAAGCGCGGAAACGACAGAUCCAGAGUAAGUAUCUUCAAUUCCUCGACGCCUCGGUACCUAUACAGCGCUACGCCGGCCUCGUGGCCACACUGCUCAUGGCGCGCUGCGACUCUAUGCUGCUCUAUCGUCACCUCCCUCAAACAUCCCUCCAACCACGUUCGGACUCGGAAAACCGUCUACGAGAUGUGCUCCUCACCGCAGCACUUACGACGCUCGAGAUUGGCGCAACGCUUGAUACCCUGCCAUCCCUCAGCUCAUGGGCAUGGUACUCAACCACGUACCAGCAAUACCACGCCGUGCUCUUACUCCUCACAGAACUAUACCGCACACCAGACCUUCCACGCAGAGAACGCAUGGCUACCAUCAUAGACCACAUAUUCGGGCACUGCUACGGCGUCGGAGUUCGUGAGCGGUGUUCCGACCUCCUCUGGACUGUAAAAGAGAACCUGGAAGCUUUCUACGUAAUGAAAGGAUUCAAUAAGAAGCGCCAUCAACUAGCGCCACAACAACACCCAACCUUACAACCGCUUCCUUCCUUCUCAGCCGUCGCAUCCCCCAGCUUCGGCGGCGGACAGCAGACACCCACCAUGCACAACCAACUCCAGCGUACCCCCACAGGUGGUCUAGAAAACCUAAACGUGGACUUUGAUAGCCUCCUAGGAAGUCUCAACGGCGGUGGCGGCGCCGGCGCCGGCGGCAAUGCAGAUGACUUCGACAUAUUCACGGGCAUGGGCGCCGGCGCGGGACAGGACUCGGGCGCGAUAUUUGUGCCUGUUGACAGUACCGCCGGGGGAGGAGGGGGAGGCCUUCAAGGCUCAGACUUUGGAACUACGACUCCGAAUGGAGGACUUCAGCAAUGGGAGAACUGGAAUUUCCCCUCCCGGCCCCAGCAGAAAUUCGAGCAAGGACAAUGAGAUUUUCAACUUUUAUUGCGUUGCAUGCGGCAAUAGUAGCGUGUUUUGCAGAAAAUAUGGGUACACACAUAUACAUGCGUACAGCAAGUAUGCUCUUUGUUUUAUUUUCAUCCACUAUGGUUUGACGCGUGGCCUGGUUUGAGCUUAUUGUAUGGGUAUGGUUAUCGUUUGGUUUGGUUCUAGCUCUGAUGGCUGGUUGUCAUGGCAUCUCACAUAGGAAUGUAUACCACAUCACCACCAUUGAAUAAGUGAAUAUUGAAUGCUGCUUUUAGAGACAAUUGAAUUAAAAUGAUCAUCCGAGGUAAAGUAACAGUACGGGG